GUUGUUUACAAGGGACGCACUCAUCUAUUUGAAGACCAGCUCACUGUGGGAAAUGCCUCACUUAGACUGAGUGGUGUGCAGCCGAGUGACCAGGGCCAAUACACCUGUCAUGUGACAGAUGAACAGGGAAGCACCAAGGAAAAGCUACAACUUCUAGUGGCAGGUAAGUUCCAUUGUUGAUGCAUUGUAUAGUUUAAAUGAUGUUAACUGCCCCUACAAAAGUAUUUAUUAUAUUUCAAACCAGGCCCUUAUGAUGAGCCAAUGAUAUCCGCCCAAGCCACUUGUGAUGGCUUCAUUGUCACCCUCCAUGCCUCUCAUGGGUUUCCCCAGCCAGAGGUACUG